GUGAUCUCAGGCACUUCGCUCUUUUUGAUCACAGUCUUCUGCGAUUUUUUUUCUCGCCGAAAAUCCCUUGGAGUUUACUUACUUGGGUAAAGUUGGCCACACUGUAUGUUUUCCUCCACCUUGGAUGACUGAAUCAAGUUUUGCUCCUGGACGCUGAGGAUUAAUUUUCCCCUCAUGUUGGCAGAUAUUCCCUGAUUUUGCUGGAAGAUGUUGUUUCUCAUGCAGACGUGUAGCGAAUCACUCUGAAGGUUCAGGAUGAGAAAAUGGCGCAAUCGUUUACUCCACCAGGACCUAAAAGUUUCCGUAAGUUCACCCGUGAAUCUCUUAAGGCCAUCGAGAGCCGGAUCGCUGAGGAGAACGCUAGGAAGUCCAAGGAUAAGCAGGAGAGAAAUAAAGACGAUGGAUGUAGGAAGAAACCCAACAGCGGCCUGGAGGCCGGGAAGAGUCUGCCCUUCAUAUACGGAGACGUUCCCAGAGGACUGGUGUCCACGCCACUGGAGGACCUGGACCAGUUCUACAGCAAUCAGACAACUUUUAUAGUAGUGAACAAAAAAAAGACAAUCAGCCGUUUCAACGCUGCUCCUGCCUUGUACAUCUUCAGUCCCUUCAACCCUCUGAGGAGAAUAUCAAUUAAGAUUUUGGUACAUUCAUUGUUCAGUAUGUUUAUAAUGUUCACUAUACUGGCAAACUGCGCUUUCAUGGUCUACUCACAACCUCCAGAAUGGGCCAAGAAUGUAGAAUAUGCCUUCACUGGGAUAUACACCUUUGAAGCGCUCAUAAAGAUCGUUGCCAGGGGAUUCUGUGUGGGAAAUUUUACGUUCCUUAGAGACCCAUGGAACUGGUUGGAUUUUAUGGUCAUAGUCAUGGCAUAUGUAACAGAGUUUGUGGAUCUGGGUAGUGUGUCCGCCCUGCGAGCGUUCAGAGUUCUUCGAGCCCUGAAAACUAUAUCGGUCAUCCCAGGGCUGAAAACAAUCGUUGGAGCUCUGAUCCAGUCAGUGAAGAAGCUGUCAGAUGUGAUGAUCUUGACCCUUUUUUGCCUAAGCGUCUUUGCAUUGGUCGGUCUGCAGCUGUUCAUGGGAGCUCUAAGACAUAAAUGUGUGCUCCAGCCAUCCAAUUACAACUUAACUUAUUAUAUUACUAACAACACAGAAGAAUGUUCAAAAAUAGAUGACUGCAGGGAUUACAUUAACAAUCAGAGUAACCAUUAUUUCCCAACAGGAAAGAAAGAUGCUCUGAUCUGUGGGAAAAGUACUGAUGCUGGGCAGUGUCCAGAAAAUUACGUCUGUAUAAAAGCAGGUCCCAAUCCAGAUUACGGCUACACAAGCUUUGAUUCCUUCGGCUGGGCCUUCCUUUCCUUAUUCAGACUGAUGACUCAAGACUACUGGGAGAAUCUUUACCAACAGACUCUUCGGGCCGCAGGAAAAACCUACAUGAUUUUUUUCGUGCUGGUCAUUUUCUUGGGAUCCUUCUACCUUGUGAAUCUGAUCCUGGCUGUGGUUGCAAUGGCAUAUGAUGAACAAAAUCAAGCCACUAUUGAUGAGGCUUUGAAGAAAGAGGAGGAGUUUAACGCCAUGCUCCAGCAGCUCAUGAGACAGGAAGAGGAAGCUCAGGCUGCAGCCGAAGCGUCCAAGUGUGAUGGGCUCAGUGGAGAAAAGACGGAUUCUUCCUCAGACGCGUCCAAACUCAGCUCCAAAAGUGCCAAAGAAAGACGCAACCGCAGGAAAAAGAGACAGCGUCAGGGGGGAGAUGAGAAAGAAGACGACUCAAACAAGGAGGGAAACGAUAGGAAGCCCAGCAUCCACUUUACAGCUGAUGGAAAAAUCCAGCGCUCACGUGAAAGGGCUUGCACGUCUUCACAACAGGCCCCCCUGAGUUUUCAGGGCUCGAUCCUCACCCCACGUCGGGACAGCAAAGGUAGCGUCUUCAGCUUCCGCGGCCGUGUGCAUUCAGAAAACAACUAUGCCGACGACGAGCAAAGCAUGUGUGAGGAGACGGCCAGCAGGAGAGACUCUCUGUUUUUACCCUCUCGGCUUUACAGCACUCAUAGCAAAAGCAGUCUGACGCCACGUAUGCUGUUGCCGUCUAACGGAAAAGCACGGUACAUGGUCGACAGCAAUGGCAUAGUCAUAGUGUCGGGCGGAGCUUCUUCACCUAACUCCCCCUCCGGAAUGUUGACGCCGGAGGUGACCAGAAAAAGAGCCACGUUUGACGACACUUGCUUUGACACAGAUGAAGAAUAUCGACGUCGAUGUGAUUCGAAGAUUUCGAGGUCUUUUCUAUAUGACCAAUCAGUGAGACAGCGAGCUUUGAGCGUAGCAAGUGGCAGCAACAACACUAUUGACCCGUCGGAGGUCUGGAAACAGAAGUGUGUGGAGUACUGGUUCGAGUUUGCAGAGAAUUAUUUAAUCUGGGAUUGCAGUCCCACAUGGCUGAAGAUAAAGAAAAUUGUCAACAUGAUUGUGAUGGACCCCUUUGCAGAUCUGUUUAUCACCAUUUGCAUUGUGAUAAACACAGUAUUCAUGGCCAUGGAGUAUUACCCGAUGGAGGCCCAAUAUAUCACCAUGCUUUCAACUGCCAAUGUGGUAUUCAUAGCCAUCUUUACAGCGGAAAUGAUAUUCAAGAUCAUCGCAUUGGACCCGUACACUUACUUUCAGGAAGGCUGGAAUAUCUUCGACAGCAUCAUAGUCACGCUGAGUCUUCUGGAACUUUGUUUGACAAAUGUGGUGUCUGGAAUCGGUUUUCUUAGGCCAUUCAGACUGCUGAGAGUCUUCAAACUAGCUAAAUCCUGGCCGACUCUGAACAUGCUGAUCAAGAUCAUUGGCAACUCACUAGGCGCCUUGAGCAACCUGACGCUUGUGCUGGCCAUCAUCGUCUUCAUCUUCGCUGUGGUGGGCAUGCAGCUGUUCGGCAAGAACUACCGUGACUGUGUAUGCAAGAUUUCUGAGGAUUGCACGCUUCCUCGCUGGCACAUGAACGACUUCUUCCACUCGUUCCUGAUCGUCUUCAGGGUGUUGUGCGGAGAGUGGAUCGAGACCAUGUGGGACUGCAUGCAAGUGUCGGGACAGCCAUUGUGCUUAAUUGUGUUCUUGAUGGUCAUGGUAAUCGGAAAUCUGGUGGUUCUGAACCUGUUCCUCGCUCUGCUGCUCAGCUCGUUCAGUGCCGACAACCUCACAGCCAACGAAUCCGAGGGCGAAAAGAACAAUCUGCAGAUAGCGGUUGAUCGAAUCAAGAGAGGUGCUGCUGUACUUAAGGCCUGCCUUCAGAAUUUCUUCCGGAGCGGCUGCAUAAGAAGAAGGAAGCCGAAAAAGAAAGCAGAUGGGAAUGUGAUUUUGAGAAGCUGCAAGGGAAUAAAUGAUAACUCCAACCACACCACACUAGAGCUGGUUAAAGGCACUGGAGGAACGGACGUGGAUAGUGACACCGAGAAUUUUAUCAGCAACCCAAGCUUGACCGUCAGUGUCCCGAUCGCUGUUGAAGAGUCUGACUUUGAGUGCCUCAACACUGAGGAUUUCAGUAGCCUUUCUUCAGACCUAGAGGAGGACAAAGAGAAGCUGUCUGACGUGGCUCCCAGCUCUUCGGAGGGCAGCACCGUGGACCUCAGACCCCUCGGUAAAGAUGGAGAAGAUGCUUUGGACUUUGAACUUGAGGAAUCUAUGGAUCCAGAUGCCUGUUUCACACCAGGUUGUGUCCACAAGUUCCCGUGCUGCCAAGUGGAUGUUGAAAAGGGCAUGUGGAAGAAAUGGUGGCUGCUGAGACAGACGUGCUAUAACAUAGUGGAGCACAGCUGGUUUGAGACCUUCAUCAUCUUCAUGAUUCUGCUUAGCAGUGGCGCUCUGGCGUUUGAGGACAUUUACCUUGAAUCAAGGAAAACCGUAAAAACCAUCCUGGAGUUUGCAGACAAAGUUUUCACCUACAUCUUCAUCCUCGAGAUGCUGUUGAAAUGGGUCGCGUAUGGUUUUGCCAAAUACUUCACCAAUCUCUGGUGCUGGCUGGAUUUUAUUAUCGUUGAUGUCUCUCUGAUCAGCCUGGUGGCCAACGCCCUGCAAUAUUCACAUCUGAACGCCAUCAAAACUCUCCGAACGCUAAGAGCCUUCCGACCGCUCCGAGCUCUCUCGCGCUUUGAGGGAAUGAGGGUGGUUGUCAAUGCUCUUCUGGGCGCCAUCCCCUCCAUCAUGAACGUCCUGCUGGUCUGCCUCAUCUUCUGGCUCAUUUUUAGCAUCGUGGGUGUCAACUUCUUUGCCGGAAAGUUUUAUGAAUGUAUAAACGUUACCUCGGGAAAGCGUGUGUCUAUCCAAGAAAUCCGUAAUAAAACAGACUGUGAAAAUUGGGGCGAUGAAGUUGGCUGGAAAACUGUGAAGAUUAACUUUGACAAUGUGGGAAAUGGAUAUCUGGCCCUGCUACAAGUGGCCACUUUUAAAGGAUGGAUGCCCAUUAUGUAUGCAGCAGUAGACUCUCGUGGUUUAUAUGAGCAGCCAGAAUAUGAGGCGAAUCUGUACAUGUACCUCUAUUUUGUCAUCUUCAUCAUACUUGGAGCUUUUUUCACAUUAAAUCUCUUCAUUGGCGUCAUCAUUGACAACUUCAAUCAGCAGAAGAAAAAAUUUGGAGGUCAAGAUAUUUUCAUGACAGAAGAGCAGAAGAAAUACUACAACGCUAUGAAGAAGCUCGGCUCAAAGAAACCUCAAAAACCCAUUCCAAGGCCAAAAAACAAGAUCCAAGGAUUCAUCUUUGACCUUGUAACUAGACAGGCCUUUGACAUUUUCAUUAUGGUCCUCAUCUCACUCAACAUGGUCACUAUGAUGGUGGAGACGGAAGAUCAGUCCACAAAAAUGACCAACGUGCUGUACUGGAUCAAUAUUGCAUUCAUUGUGCUCUUCACCAGCGAAUGCGUGCUAAAGAUGUUUGCGCUACGUCAGUACUUCUUCACCAUCAGCUGGAACGUAUUCGACUUUAUCGUUGUCAUCCUGUCUAUAGCUGGCAUGUUCCUGGCACAAGUCAUUAAGAAGUACUUUGUCUCGCCCACCUUGUUCCGCGUCAUUCGCCUCGCCCGGAUCGGCCGCGUACUGCGUCUCAUCCGAGGCGCCAAGGGAAUACGGACCCUUCUGUUCGCGUUGAUGAUGUCACUUCCUGCCCUUUUCAACAUCGGACUCCUUCUCUUUCUUGUCAUGUUCAUCUACGCCAUCUUCGGCAUGUCCAACUUCGCCUACGUUAAAAAAUCGGACGGCAUCGAUGACAUGUUCAACUUCGAGACGUUCGGCAACAGCAUGUUGUGCUUGUUUCAGAUCACCACCUCGGCAGGCUGGGACGGCCUUCUGGCGCCCAUGUUAAAUACCAAUGAACCCGACUGCGACCCGAAUAAAACCUUCCCUGGCAGCGAGGCGACUUCGGAAAGGAAAGGCGACUGCGGGAACCCGCCCAUUGGGAUUUUCUUCUUCGUCAGCUACAUCAUCAUAUGCUUCCUGAUCGUGGUGAACAUGUACAUCGCCGUCAUCCUGGAGAACUUCAGCGUGGCCACCGAGGAGAGCGCCGAGCCUUUGAGCGAAGACGACUUCGAUAGGUUUUACGAGGUUUGGGAGAAGUUCGACCCGAAGGCCACGCAGUUCAUGGAGUACGACAAGCUGUCCGACUUCGCCAAUUCUCUGGAUCCGCCUCUGCGAAUACCCCAGCCCAACCGGCUGCAGCUGAUGUCCAUGGAUUUGCCGAUGGUGAACGGCGAACGCAUCCACUGUCUGGAUAUCUUGUUCGCGUUCACCAAACGUGUUCUCGGGGAAGGUGGUGAGAUGGACAUCCUUCGUGGACAAAUGGAAGACCGAUUCAUGGCCUCCAACCCCUCGAAGUCCUCUUACGAGCCCAUCACCACAACCCUGCGUAGGAAGCAUGAAGAUAUGUCUGCUGCGAUCAUCCAGAGAGCCUUCAGGAGUCACUUGGUCCGACAUAGUAUGAAGAAGGUCCGUAACGUCCACAGAGAGACCAGGCAGCAAAACGGGAGAGUCCCGAGUAAAGCGUCUGUUGACAAUGAUAAGUGCAACGAUAGCAGCGGUUCGGAAGACUCCGGCGCAACGCCCGUCAUGUCCUCUCCGCCGUCGUACAAUAGCCUGUCGCAGAACGGCACAAACAAAUACGAGAAGGACAAACAUGAGAAGGAAGUGGAAGACAAAGGUAACGGAGUUUAGAGUAGCAUUGCGAACAAUUGUUUACAAGUUUUACUUCAAGUUAUUUGUCAGGGUCACGUGACCUUGUCUGUUUGAUGUGGAUGUCUAUGCCAUACUGCCUGAGCAUACUUGAACUUUGUGCCUAUUCUGGAGCUGUGAUUAACACGAGUUAGGCAGUGAAGCUGCUACUCCUGACCUGUUUCACUCGCCGGCGAAAAUGGCGAUGGACCAAAUGUCAUUGUUUGUCUAAGUGUUCUGAUGCGUUUUCUUUGUGUGUUGUUUGGAGAUGCAUCCAGUGUCUUGCAUUUAGAGAUGAAGUGUGUCUAUAUAUAUAUAUAUAUAUAUAUAUAUAUAUAUAUAAAAUAGAUAGAUAGUAAUAAUUUCACCAAUAAAAGACCACCAAUAAAAGAUUCAUUGUAAUAUUGCAAAUUACAAACUUUCCAUUCAUCAAAGUAUGCAGAAAAGCAAUGCAUCAUGGUUUCAACAAACAUAUUAAGUAGCACAACUGUUUUCAAUAUUAUUAAUACAUAAUGUUAGUAAGAAACAGCAACAAAUCAGCAUAUUAGUAUGAUUUCUAAAGGAUCAUGCGACAUUGAACACUGGAGUAAUGAUGCUGAAAAUUUAGUUUUGCAUCACAGGAAUAAAUUGCAUUUUAAAAUAUAUUCAAAUAGAAAGCAGUUAUUUUAAACUGUAAUAAUAUUUCACAUUAUUGCUGUUUUUACAGUAUUUUUAAUUAAGUAAUUAAAGAAUAUGAGAGACUAACACUCUUAUAUAUAGUUGAAGUCAAAAGUUUAGAUACUCCUUACAGAAUUUGCAUAAUGUUAAUUAUUUUACCAAAAUGCAUGUUAUUUUUUAUUUAAUACUGACCUGAAUAAAAUGUUUCACAUAAAAGACAUUUACAUAUAGUCCAGAAGAGAAAAUAAUAGUUGAAAUUAUAAAAAUAACCUGUGCAAAAGUUUGCAUACACUUUUUCUUAAUACGGUGUUGUUACCUGAAUGAUCCACAGCUGUGUUUUGUUUUUUUUAAGUGAUAGUUGUUCAUUAUAGUCCCUUGUUUUUCCUGAACAGUUAAACUGCCUGCUGUUCUUCAGAAAAACCCUUAAGGCCCCACAAAUUCUUUGUUUUUCAGCAUUUUUGUGUAUUUGAAUCCUUUCCAACAAUGACUGUAUGAUUUUGAGAUCCAUCUUUUCACACUGAGGACAACUGAGGGACUCAUAUGCAACUAUUACAGAAGGUUCAAACUCUCAAUGAUGCUUCAAAACAAUGCAUUAAGGGGUGUAAACUUUUGAACAGAAUGAAGAUGUGUACAUUUUUCUUAUUUUGCCUAAAUAUCAUAUUUUUUCCAUUUAGUACUGCACUUCAGAAGCUGAAGAAGAUACUUGCGUGUUUCCCAGAAGACAAAAUCAGUCAAAUUUAGCCUAAUCUUCAAAUUCUAAAAGUUUUCACCCCCUGGCUCUUUUGCAUUGUGUUUCCUUCUGGAGCAUCAGCGUUUGAACUUUCUGUAAUAGUUGCAUAUGAUUCCCUUUGGUUUCCUCAGUGUGAAAAGAUCUCAAAAUCAUACAGUCAUUGUUGAAAAGAGUUCAAAUACACAAAAAUGCACACCUUUUUGCAUCAUCACUGUGAUAUUUAAAAUAUCAGCUAAUUUUUUUAUUGCCAACAAAUAAAAAACUAAUAUACUAUAUACUUAAUAUAUCACCCAGCCCUAUUUACUGAAAAACAGUCCAAAAAAACAGGCAAAUAGUUAUUUAGUGGUUUAAAGUGAUCCAUGAUGGUAAAUGCAGCUACACCCUUAAGUGAAUUAAUUUCCACUAAUUUGAAUGGGAAUGUUUGGCGCUUCUUUUGCUGCAGAAAUGACACACUUCCUCUUUAAUUGCCUUUUUUUUCAUUAGUUUGUGUUUGAGAGACUUUUAUGCUUGUUUUUAUGUUUGUUUGUUUUUAAGUGAGAUUUGUUGUGAGGUUGAGUUCUCCUAUGUUACUUGAGACAGAGUUGAUGUAUUUUUUUUCUCCUAUUGACUGUUGCCGACCACCGUUGCGGUCGGCUGUUGUCAACACACGUGUAAUUAUAGUUGCAUGACAGCUCACCUGUAGUCAUACAAGUUUCCCACUCAGUAUUUCCGAAUGGCUCAGUGCCUCUCAGGUCUCUCUUCAACACGCUAGAAAGCCAUUCGCACACGUGCCUUCCCUACUCGAGAGCUUGCAGCAAACACCUUCCUUAAAACCUCAAGACUUCUGUCACAUGCUGAACUGUGAAACCUGUCUGAUUUCAGCCUUUCCUGUAGCCGCCUCACUGAUAUUGCACUUAAAAGGACUAGUUCACCCAAAAAUGAAGAGUUUGUGUGAAAACGUACUCACCCACAGGCCAUCCAAGAUGUAGAUGAGUUUGUUCGUCAGAACAGAUUUGGAGAAUUUAGCAUUACAUGACUUGCUCACCAAUGGAUGUGAAUGGGUGCCAUCAAAAUCCAAACAGCUGAUAAAAACAUCACAAUAAUCCACAAGUAAUCCACGCCACUCCAGUCCGUCAAGUAACAUCUUGAGAAGCCAAAAGCAUUACAUCACUUGCUCACCAAUGGAUGUGAAUGGGUGCCGUCAGAAUGAGAGUGCAAACAGCUGAUAAAACAUCACAAUAAUCCACAAGUAAUCCACACCAUUCCAGUCCAUCAAUUAACAUCUUAAGAAGCCAAAAACAUUACAUCAUUUAGCAUUACAUGACUUGCUCACCAGUCGAUGUGAAUGGGUGCCGUCAGAAUGAGAGUCCAAACAGCUGAUAAAAACAUCACAAUAAUCCACAAGUAAUCCACACCACUUCAGUCCAUCAGUUAACAUCUUGAGAAGCCAAAAGCAUUACAUCAUUUAGCAUUACAUGACUUGCACACCAAUGGAUGUGAAUGGGUGCCGUCAGAAUGAGAGUGCAAACAUCUGAUAAAAACAUCACAAUAAUCCACAAGUAAUCCACACCCUUCCAGUCCAUCAAUUAACAUCUUGAGAAGCCAAAAGCUCUGUGUUUAAAAAACAAAUCCAACAUUAAGACAUUUUCUGGCUACAGUUUGAGUCCAUAAUACAUAAUAUUGCUUUCUCCAGUGGAAAAGUCGUCUUGUCUGAAUCAGGAGAGAAAUAUGCAUAGAUCAAGCACUAUUAAUCAAGUGAAAACUGUCCAAAACUGGAGUGUAGUGGAUUAUUAAAAUGUUUUUUUAUCAGCUGUUUGGACUCUCAUUCUGACGGCACCCAUUCACUCCAUUGGUGAGCAAGUGAUGUAAUGCUUCAUUUCUCCAAAUCUGGUGAAGAAAAAAACUCAUCUAUAUCUUGGAUGACCUGAGGGUGAGUAAAUUUUCAGCAAGUUUUAAUUUUGGGGUGAACUGUUUCUUUAACAAAGCCUUUAGAGAUCUGUUCUCAUCUUCUUCACUUCUGCAUCGUAGCGGGAUUCAUCAAUGGUUGUGAAUCGAUUUUUGUAUAUGAACUCUUUGACCUUGUCUUAAGCCAAAACUUCAUCUUUCAGCAUUGACGUCUUUGCAUUUUUAAAGAUUUCUCUCAAAAACGGUUCUUCAUAUGUGUACAUAUUUUGUAGGAAUAUGCAAUCUGUUACAUAAUUUCUAUAAUGCAUAAAUUAUGGAUUAUAAUCUAUAUAGGGAAUGUGAAAGAAGGCUGUAUGCAUCAUAAAAGCUAAAACACAAGUUAUAUGGGAAAUAUAACCAUUUUUGAUUAUGUCGAAGCUAAAAUGUUAUUGUGAAAUAUAGCUAUUUUUAUUUGUUUUUAUAAACAACAUGGAGAAAUACAGAAAUGCACCACUUGCUGCAUAUUUCACCACCAAUGAAGAUUCCAGUUCUAUAUGUUUCUGUUAUCAAUGUUAGCCGACGGGUUGUUUGACAUGCGUCUGAACGAUGACUAAAGACCGAUGGGAUAGUGUGUAUUUGUUUACAUUUUUAUAGUUAUGAAUGUUAUCAUUACAUUUCGUUUCAUGUCAGAGACUCUUGUUCCACAUAAACACAGUCGUAAGUGUAACUGCUCCAUGUGAAUGUGACAUGUAUUGAGAAAAUGAAUUCUAGGUAUAUUAUGAAUUUAUAUGAGACGAAUAUCAAAAUAGCAUAACACAUAAAUCACUAGCUUUUAUAUGCAUCAUGCUUGUAGUCUGUGAGUUAAAAUGCAUGCGAGACAUUGCUAUGGAUCAGUUCUUUAAGCUAAAAGAAUAAACUCAUCACAUACCUCACACCUGCUAGAACUCUGUGUAUUCACUAUUUUAUUUAUUUAGUUUGGAUUACUCUUGCAAGAUCAUGUGACACUGAAGACUGGGGUAAUGAUGCUGAAAAUUCAGCGUUGCA